CGAACCAUGCGUUCUCAAGGGCUGGCUCUGUUGUGAUUGCAGAGGAGAGCAGAGUUUGUUUCUCUCCAAGGGGCCAUGAACACGGCAAUGUCGCUUCCGCUCUUUGUCAGAGACAAGGACGGCAUGAAGUACCUGACGGUGGACCCGUCCCGAGACGAGGUGUCGGCCGAGAGCGACGAAGCAACAAAUGCCAGCAUGCCGCAGUUCACCGUGAAGGUUGCCGCGUGGAGCCCCGACGGCAUGGCGCUCGCCUUCGUGGACCCCUCCGCCGGGGUCACGAUCGUCGACUUUGCGGAGGGCGAGGGUGCAGGGCCGAGCUUCCAGACCGUGGUCAUCGAGAAGAGCUCCAAGUGCACCCAGGGCCUCUACUGGUCGCCGCUGGCCUACAACCUCGUGACCAUCGCCGUGCCGCCCACGGCGGCCCAGCGGUCCAAGGGCGGCGCGGAGCUCCUGCAGGAGGACAACCUGCAGGUCUGGCGGCGGAACGUCUCCGACAAGGGCUGCGAGAGCGGCGGGGGCACCGGCGAGUACCUCCUGGCGGCCUCCUUCCACCACCCCCGGCUGGCCACGGAUCGGCACGUCAUCAAGUGGACCAAGGACGAGACCUUCUGCGGCCGCCUCAUGCCCGACGGCCGCAUCCAGCUGCACGACGGCGCGGACCCCGCCGGCUCGCCCCUGCACGAGUUCGCGUUCGCCCACGGCGCGGAGAACUUCGACUUCGCGGCGGGGCUCCGCCCCUGCGUGCCGCUGCAGGCCCGGAUGGCCGCCUUCCUGCCCGACGUCCGCGACGACCUGCAGCGGGUCGCCGCGCCCGCGGAGGUCUCCAUCUGGGAGGUGCUCACCAGCGGCCAGGGGCUGCAGGUGUCGACGCAGCAGAGGGCCAGCACCCCCGUGCAGUCGGGCCAGAACGCCGAGCUGCUGUGGUGCCCCAGCGGCACCGCCGUUCUCGCAAACUGCACGACGGAGGUGGACGAGACCGGGAAGAGCUACUACGGCGCGACGAAGCUGCUGCUCAUCUCUCAGGACGGGUCGUGCGUGAAGGACCUCCUGGAGCCGGACGAUGCGAUGCCCGCGGGGACGAUGGCGGUCCAGGCGGUGUCGUGGAGCCCGACGAGGGACGAGUUCAUCCUCAUACGUGGGACCCAGCCCGCGCAGACGGCGCUCUUCGCCUGGGACUGGAAGGCCAAGAGGGUGUCGCUGGUCAAGGUCCUCAUCGAGAAGGCGCACCGGAACUUCGUGAAGUUCAACCACUUCGGGUCGCUGGUCUGCCUCGCAGGCUUUGGCAACCUCGCGGGGGACAUCGACUUCUUCGGGCGCACCGACGACGAGAAGUGCGAGUUCUCCUGCGUGUCCAGCUGCUCCGCCCACUGCACGGUCACGGCGGAGUGGGCCGCAGACGGCCGCUCCCUGCUCACCGCAGUGCUCUUCCCGCGCAUGCGCGUGGACAACGGCCUGCACAUCUGGAAGGCGCUCACGGGCACGAGGGUCCUCGAGGUCCCCAGCGAGGAGCUCUACGAGGUCCAGUGGCGGCCGGAGCCCGAGGGCAGCAUGCGCUUCGCGGACCUGCCGAGCGAGGAGGUGCUGCGCGCCUCCCAGGCCUGCGCGCAGCGCUCCAAGGAGAGCCCCGCCGCCAAGAAGACCGCGUACCGGCCGCCGAAGGCGCGGGGCGCGGAGGGCGCCUCGAACUCCGUCGCGGCGAUGAUGCGUGGGGAGGUCGCUGCCCCCGACGCAGACCGCCAGGGCCGCAAGCCCUGGCAGCCCCGGGAGAAGCGCGGGGAGGGCGACCACCCCGACGCGCAGACGUCGCCCACGCUGGGCCCCAAGGAGGACCCGCCCGAGCCGAGGUCGGGGAGCAAGGGCGAGGGCGAGGAGGCCAAGGAGACCCGGCUCCCCAGCCCCGGGCCUUCGCCGGCGCCCGCGAGGUCGCCGGCGGAGUCCCCCCGGGGGGCCCCGCGAGCGCCUCCGCCCUCGCGGCCGCCGCCGCCGCCGGAGCCAGUGCCGAGCGCGCCGUGGGCGGCGCAGGAGCGGCCGCAGCCAGCCGUGAAGCCGGCCCGGAGCCCCCCGCGCCGCCCUCCAACCCCCGCCGAGGUCUUGGCAUCGAUGGCCGCUCCGGCGCCGCCGCUGGCGAAGUCGCCGAUCGGCUCCCCGCCGCAGCCGCGGCUGCAGCCGCCGUCCCAGCCGCCCGUGGCAAUGGGGCCGCCCGUGGCAAUGGGGCAGCCGCCCGUGGCCAUGGGGCCGCCGCCCACCAGGCAGCAGCAGCAGCAGCAGCAGCAGCAGCAGCAGCAACAGCAGCAGCAGCAGCAACGACAGCAGCAGCAGCAGCAGCAGCAGCAGCAGCAGCAGCAGCAGCAGCAGCAGCAGCAGCAGCAGGGGCGGGAGGCUGCGCAGCAGCAGCAGCAACGGCAGCAGCAGCAGCAACAGCAGCAGCAGCAUCAGGCGUACCAGCAGAGGCAGCCAUCGCCUCCCAGCCACCACGACCCUGCCAUUGCAGCCUACGGCAAUGCAAGACCGAUCAACCCUGGCCAGCCGCCCAUGCCGUACGGGCAUAGCGCGUACGCCAUGCAGCAGCACCAGCAGCAGCAACAGCAGCAGCACCAGCAGCAGCAGCGGCAGGCGGCCGUAGCGGCGGCGUACGCCCAGCAGCGGCAGGCGCUUCAGGGCCACCACGACAUGCACAGCGGCUACCCCCACCACCCGCAGCAGCAUCCGCAGUCUCGGCAGGCGCAGCACGCGGCUGCCCAGCAUGCCCAGGCGCCCCCGCACGCGCAGGCGCAAGCGCCUCCCCAGGGGGGCAAGGGGAAGGAUCGGGCCUGUCCUACAGCUGGCUGGCAGUACAUGGACCCCAAGGGUGUAAUUCAGGGUCCUUUCACUCUGCUCGAGAUGCAGCUCUGGCACUCCAUGGGAUACUUCCGGCCAGAGCUGCGCAUGAGGUGCGACCCCAACGAUGCCUUCGUGGAGUUCAGCUCGCUCUUCCCGCAGCCAAUGGUUCCUUUUGAGAGCUACCCGCGGCGCGUCCCUGGAAAUGGAAACAGCGCUGGCGCGCCAGGCGGGCGAUAGUUCGGGCGGUGGCCGUUUCACAGCCAGAGCAGCGGAGUGAAGUCAUCAUGAAGCCACUGCCCCAGUCUUCUGAGCCCCCCCCGCUCGCUUGAUUUCUGUAGCGCUCCCGGUCUGCCUUCGGCGCCUUCGUUUCUACAUCAGUGUUCGUUUGAGGUCUCACCUUUCAGGGCCAGCGGUGCCGACUGGAGUGAGGCUGUCCCUGCCUUGUCUCCUCAAGACUGUACCAGGAAGCCGUGGACUCCAGAUGUUCCACAUGUGAGCCCAGCCCUGUGUGCUUCCAGCUUUCUCGUGCUCCAAUCUAGGUGCGACUGAGUCCAGAUCUAUAGUGCAGGCCCAGUCAGGCGGGGGUGUCCUUGAGAGAAUCUCCUUGCUGGCAGCGCUGUUGAGCCGGUUGGGAGGUUUGAUCUUCCUACGUUGCGGACCAAGCCAGUGACUGGUCUGGUACGCCUCUC